AUUAGGGUUAGUCCUACCCUAAUCUAAACGGCCUAUCAACCUAUGGGAAUUCAGCAGGCCGAUGAACCGCUUCUAGCGUUCCUCAAACGUCUCCAAUUCUACUCGGAGACCACGGCAGCCGAACUGAGCAAGUGGGAAGAGGAGGAAGCCGCCCGCCAGCAGGAAAUUCAACUCCAGCUGGCAGAGGCAGAGGAAGCACGUCAGCAGGUCACAGCAGAAGCUGCAGCAGCCGCACGGUUGCAACAGCAGCAGGUCGAGGCAAGUCAAAACCAAGUUCGUUACCAAGCUACAAUGGAGCUCGCCAACGAAGAAGCCACGUACCGGAGGUCUUCAUCCGCCACGAUUAAAGCGCUGGACAAGAAGAUCGCUACCAUGCAGGCCGAAAUCAGCACACUACACGCCGCCAACAGCCAGCAGCAGACAAUCAACUACCAGCUGCAGUCCGAUGUCAGCACGGGGUUGACACGACUGUCGGCAGCUGCGUCGGCGGGCAGCGCAGUAGCAGACUGCAGCCCAGCCUUGGCCGCGCAGGCCAAGCAACUCGAGGAGCGGAUCAACCACGUGGUCGCCUCCCUCGGCGACAUCAGCAAGUUUGCUGGAGCAUCAACAGUCAGCAAUCAACUGCAGACGCUCAGCGACCGCGUUCAGCAACGACCGGCCGCUGUCGCCAAGGAAUGGAAGAUGCCGAACUUCAAGAUCGAGAAGUUCAAUGACUAUCACAAGACUGAUCCGCUGCAAUGGUGGAUGGCUUUCAACGUGGAGGCGGAUGUACAUCACAGUCCAGAACUACGGCGGCUUGACGCACUCUACCUCCAACUCAUUGGAGGGGUGCAGGCUUUCAUGACCCACAUGGCUGUCACGUUGGAAUGCACCAUCGCUACCCUCCACACCAAGAUUACGUGGGAGGAAUUCGAGAAGAAAUGGAAGACCCAGUUCAUGGUCAACAACGACAAGCGUCAUGCCUUGAACAAGAUCUUCCGCAUGUUUCAAGGCCAGCAACCUUCACGGGAGUGGCUGACGGAGUGGCAAAGACUCGUCGUCACCCCGGAGUUGAACUUACCGUUCGACGCAAUCCGGGCCGAAUUCUUCGCUCGGUCAUGCGAUGCCUUGACAGCUGCUCUUGGCAGCGAAUUCCAGUAUGAGACCUUUGAUGACAUGAUCUCAAAGGCAAGAGAACUAAUCCAAGUACCACCUCCGUCGAUGGACGGCGGAGUAGCGGUUGGCGAUCUUUGUAACUAUCUAGCGAAGAUCGACCGCGAGUACGCAAUGCAACGGUACGUCGACAUCGACGCGUCGCUCCUCUACAUCCGCAUUCAGAUCGGAAAGGCAACCUGCAGUGCCUUGAUCGAUUGUGGAGCGACUCGCAACUACAUCAGCCAAGACUUCAUGGCGCGGGUCGGGCUAGGCCCGCGCGUUCGAAGGAAAAGUCAGCCUACGCACGUCACAUUGGCCGAUGGUCACACGCAAAAGUCAAUCGACCGAUAUGUUGACUCGGUGCUCGUGUACUUUGCCUCGUUAGCAUGCGAGGCCGUGUCAUUCGACAUAUUGGACACUAAGUUCGAUAUGAUCUUAGGCAUGUCGUGGUUGCAAAGCAAAGACCAUCCGAUGAACUUCUAUCGACGCACCGUUCAUGUUUGUGAUCAGCGUGGCGAAUUAGUCCCCUAUGAGGAUGUCUUCCAAGCUCCCGCCGGAGUAGUACCGGAUCGGCCCAUACGCCACGGGAUCACUCUCGAGGACGACGCCGUACCUCCGCGCGGAUGUAUCUACCGCAUGAGCGAAGAGGAGCUUCAAGUGCUUCGGGCACAACUAGACGACCUCUUGGCCAAGGGCUGGAUUCGCCCUAGCUGUUCGCCAUACGUUGCUCCCGUUCUCUUCGUCCGGAAGACGAACAAGGACCUUUGUUUGUGCAUCGACUAUCGGAAACUUAACGCGCAAACAAUCAAGAACGCCGGCCCUCUCCCUCGGAUUGAUGAUCUUCUCGAGCGACUAGGCGGCGCCAAGUACCGCUCAACGCUUGACCUAAAAUCCGGCUACCACCAGAUCGAGAUCCAGCCAAGAGAUAGGUACAAGACCGCGUUCAAGACACGAUAUGGGCACUUUGAGUGGAUCGUCAUGCCUUUCGGUCUCACCAAUGCCCCGACUACUUUCCAAGCAGUUAUGACGACGGAAUUCCGCGACUUGCUUGACCGGACCGUCCUCCUUUACCUUGAUGACAUCUUGGUUUAUAGUCGGACGCUGGAGGAGCACCUCGAGCACCUUCGCGCCAUUUUGGAGCGGCUCCGUAUCGCCAAGUACAAGGCGAACCGCGACAAGUGCGAGUUUGCCAAACAAGAGUUGGAGUACUUAGGCCAGUACGUGACGCCGCAAGGCACUCGUCUUUCCAUUGCUAUGGACGUGACCGGUCCGUUCCCUCGCGAUCGCCUUGGCCAUGAUGGUAUUCUCACGGUCGUUGACCGUUUGAGCAAGUACGCUCAAUUUCUUCCAUGCAAGUAUCAUGCGACAGAUCCCGAGCUCGCACGACUUUUGCAUACUGGCUGGUUUUGCAGCCACGGCGUUCCAAAAGACAUCGUCAGCGACUGCGAUACUCGUUUCAUGUCAGCCUUUUGGACGACACUCGUGGUGGAAUCCGGCACCAGCAUGAAACCGAGUUUCGCACGGCAUCCUCAAACGGAUGGGCAAACGGAACGUGCGCACCAGACUGCGCAGAUGAUGCUCCGCACACUCAUCCGCCCGGAUCAGAAGGACUGGGUUGACCGCCUUCCCGACAUCAAGUUCGCCUACAACACUUCGGUGCACCCGGUGAUUGGCGUGACUCCAUUCGAGUUGUAUCACGAUGGACGGAAAGGACGUAUCUUCGCAGACAUUUUGCUUCCACGGGCUGCCGAUAUCGACGCCGCUUGCUCCCCCGCUUCUACACGGAAGUACAAGGAACUGCUGGCCAAAGCCCGCGCAAACAUGCAAAAGGCUCAGGUCCGUAUGCAGCAGCAAGCGAACCGGUGUCGCAUCCCAUAUCCAAUUCAUGCCGGCGACCUGGUUUGGGUCACCUCCAAGGAAUUCGCGCUCGAGCAACACGUCUCGUGCAAGCUCCUCCCUAAGUGGUUUGGACCAUGGAAGGUCACUUCAGCAGCUGGCGACGACCCCGCGGGUCCAUCUUUCAUUAUCGAGAUUCCCCCGCAUUUGACGGUCCACCCGAUAUUUCACGCUUCAAAGCUGGCGGUCUACACUCCAGCCUCCGCGGCGGACUUCCCGGGCAGACGGUCACACGACCCUCCUUCAAUGGAUGGUCACCAGGAGGUCGACCGCGUUCUCACGCAUCUCAAGCAUGGCAACAAGCCAAUGCAGUACAAAGUUACAUUUAAGCAAUGCGAUCCUGACGACACACGCUGGAUUUCACGAGCUGUUGACCUGAAGGCGACAGCACCCCUCAUCUUCGCGCAUUACGAAAAACAGCGACUUGCUUAGGAAGCUGCCCAACCUGCCCGCCCCGUACGGACAUCGGACAGAC